AUGCAGACCAUGGAUAUUGAUAAAGGCAAAUAUGUCAACAAGCCCAGAAAAAGGGAUGACGUUGGUGUUACAUUUUCAGGUAUCAUUGCAAGUACAGACACACAGAGAAACAGACACACGCACACAAACCACUUUCUCAGACGAGUACCUAUUUGCUCCCUCACAAUUCUGGAUGAUAUUUUAAAAAAUGUAACAUUACCCGAGAGGGUGUAUAAUACCAUGUGAUUCAGCUAAUUUUCAGUGGUGGAAGAGACCCUCUGGAGUUGCUGCAGUGUGUCUGGGGCUGCUGUGUGUUCUCCUACUGGCUGGGAUCAUAGGCCUGUCUGUCUACUGUAAGUUUAUAAGUUUAUGAUGUUUUCACUAAUAUAUUCUUCAUCAUCAGUAGUUUAAUACUUAGAUGUUCAAAGGACCACAAUAGGGAAAUGAUUGUGUAUACUAUAUCCACUAUGUGUAUACUAUAUCCACUAUGUGUAUACUAUAUCCACUAUGUGUAUACUAUAUCCACUAUGUGUAUACUAUAUCCACUAUGUGUAUACUAUAUCCACUAUGUGUAUACUAUAUCCACUAUGUGUAUACUAUAUACACAUAUCCACUAUGUGUAUACUAUAUCCACUAUGUGUAUACUAUAUCCACUAUGUGUAUACUAUAUCCACUAUGUGUAUACUAUAUCCACUUGUGUGGCUGAAUUUUGUAUGUUUCUAUUCCGACAGAUAACCGAGUCAUUGGUCAUUACUACUCUGCAGAGAGAUCCCAGGGGUCCAGUUAUAACACCCUGACUAAAGAGAGAGACCAGUUAAAGACCAGUUACAACACAUUGACCAAAGAGAGAGACCAGUUAAAGACCAGUUACAACACAUUGACCAAAGAGAGAGACCAGCUACAGACCAGAUACAACACCCUGUCUAAAGAGAGAGACCCACUACAGACCAGUUACAACACCCUGACUAAAGAGAGAGACCAGCUACAGACCAGUUACAACAACCUGAGUAAAGAGAGAGACCAGUUACAGACCAGUUACCACACCCUGAGUAAAGAGAGAAACCAGUUACAGACCAGUUACAACACCCUGACUACAGAGAGAGACCACUUGAAGGAAGAGCUAAACAAACAGAACAGUGGUAAGAAACUGGCAAAUGACUUGACUGUUUUGUGGUACUCCAGAUCUGCUAGAUCAGUUGACUUUUUCACAGUACUCCAGACCUGCUAGAUCCAUAGACAUUAAAACCAGUACACAGUGAUAGCGCUGAUGUCGUCCACAUAUUUCCAAUGGAAAACUCCCGAUGGCAAAUGAAGCCGGAAGUAUUUUAAUUUGAAGCAUGCCAUUUUGCUGAAUGUGGCUGAAUGGCACCAAAAAAUCGCUAAGGAUCAUGUUGAAAUGAGCCGUAACUAGCAAAGGAUCAUGGUCGAUGUUGUUGUUUCCAUCUUGCCUGCGUGAGUGUGCUUGAGGACGGGAGACUCCUCGUAGCCUACCGGCCUGUGAUUGGUUGGUGUCAGCAUGUGGUCACGAGCCUCGUAGCCUGCUGGCCCGUGAUUAGUCUGUGUCAGCACGUGGUCCUGUGUGACAACAAAUGUAGUGGUCAGAAUGUAUCACUAUUUAAUUAAAUUUCCUGAUUUGUAGAGAACUUUAAAAUAAUUCACUGUGGCGAUCGAACUUGAUCAUAGUAAACUAAUUUUAGAGGCCUAAACGGCAUCUAAAAAAAAUGUGGUGCCGUUCUGGCGAUCGUAAUGGACAGACCAGGUUGUUUUUGGGCACCGCUAGGUUGCUAUGCAGUAGCCCACCAGCAGAGCUCUUGACUUCACGCUCCAGACCGGACAUUGGGGGCCUGGCUAGAUCCAAAUAGUAGCCUAUUUGUUUUCUUUCUUUAAUAUUUUAGGUGCGCUUGACUUUACCGAUCAGGGUUGGAUGGAUUACAAUAAAAGUAAUAUAAUUUCGAUCCCAUCAUGACCUGGAGUCCCAUAGGGUGGCUAUAAUUGGCCCAGCGUCGUCCGGUUUAGGGGAGGGUUUGGCCGGGGAGGCUUUCCUUGGCUCAUCGCGCUCUAGCGACUCCUUGUGGCGGGCCGGGCACCUGCAAGCUGAUUUCAGUCGUCAGUUGAACAGUGUUUCCUCUGACACAUUCGUGCGGCUGGCUUCUGGGUUCUGGGUUAAGAAGCAGCGUGGUUUGGCGGGUCAUGUUUCGGAGGACGCAUGACUCGACUUCGCCUCACCCGAGCCCGUUAGGGAGUUGCAGCGAUGAAACAAGAUUGUAACUACCAAUUGGAUAUCACGAAAAGUUGGGAGAAAAAGGGGGUAAAAAAAAAUCUCUCAACAAUAAUAAUAGAAUUUUAUGUAAUCCAUUGGAUUACUCGAAAUGAGUGACGUUUUAUUUUUUACGUAUGCUCUGCCCAUCCAACAAAAUAUAUUUUUUAAACGUAAAUUGACAGGUAACGGAUACAAGAGAAAUCUGAUAAUUUCAUUAGUUGGACAAUCAAUUGUGCAAUACUCUGGAUGUAGACCAGGGUUUAUGUGUCGGGACCCAAAGUGGGCCCUGGGCAUGUGAGAGGUGGGUUGCACGUUAUGAGAAUACAUCUAAACACUAUUUCAUCAUAAUUUGGGUCAUUGGAGGACACUUUAGAUAAAAGGAGUGAGGUCAAUUUCUAAUUUGGUUCUCGAGCUAAAAAACGUUAAGAACCGUUGAUGUACACUAUUCAAAGAGUUGGCAAAAACAUGUAGAUCUGUCAGCAAAGACAGAUUUUUUUUGUGUACUUAGAUGGCUCUGGUCGCUUAUCAGUUGAUAUCAGAAUUCUGAGAAGGCAGCUGGCUGUGGACGCUUAUCAGUUGAUACCAGGCUGCUGAAUAGGCAUCUUGUUUGUCAUGUGUGUCUUCCCAGUGUUUGGAAAGUAAACAGGAUGGAGCUGUGUUGAUUAAUAAAGAAUGACCUUUUGUUCCUGAUGAAAUGUAUGAUGGUUCAUUUCUCAGUAAGUGGGGGUCAGACUUUUUUUAGCCGACAGCCACAUAGCAGUUGUUUUGGUGGGGUCAGAGGUGAACCUGCAUUAGAGCUGUCAAAUCCACAAGUAGCUCCUGCCACUAUACACUGAGUGUACAAAACAUUAGGAACACCUUCCUAUUAUUGAGUUGCACCCCCCCUCAGAACAGCCUCAACUCGCCAGGGCCAUGUUGACUCCAAUGCACAGUUGUGUCAAAUUGGCUGGAUGUCCUUUGGGUGGUGGACCAUUCUUGAUACACACAGAAAACUGUUGAGUGUGAAAAACCCAGGAGCUUUGCAGUUCUUGACACACUCAAACCGGUGCACCUGGCACCUACUACCAUACCUCAUUCAAAGGCACUUACAGUGAUGAAAAAAAGUAUUUGAUCCCCUGCUGAUUUUGUACGUUUGCCCACUGACAAAGAAAUGAUCAGUCUAUAAUUUUAAUGGUAGGUUUAUUUGAACAGUGGGAGACAGAAUAACAACAAAAAAAUCCAGAAAAACGCAUGUCAAAAAUGUUAUAAAUUGAUUAGCAUUUUAAUGAGGGAAAUAACUAUUUGACCCCCUCAUAAUCAGAAAGAUUUCUGGCUCCCAGGUGUCUUUUAUACAGGUAACGAACUGAGAUUAGGAGUACACUCUUAAAGGGAGUGCUCCUAAUCUCAGUUUGUUACCUGUAUAAAAGACACCUGUCCACAGAAGCAAUCAAUCAAUCAGAUUCCAAACUCUCCACCAUGGCCAAGACCAAAGAGCUCUCCAAGGAUGUCAGGGACAAGAUUGUAGACCUACACAAGGCUGGAAUGGGCUACAAGACCAUCGCCAAGCAGCUUGGUGAGAAGGUGACAACAGUUGGUGCGAUUAUUCGCAAAUGGAAGAAACACAAAAUAACUGUCAAUCUCCCUCGGCCUGGGGCUCCAUGCAGGAUCUCACCUUGUGGAGUUGCAAUGAUCAUGAGAACGGUGAAGAAUCAGCCCAGAACUACACGGGAGGAUCUUGUCAAUGAUCUCAAGGCAGCUGGGACCAUAGUCACCAAGAAAACAAUUGGUAACACACUACGCCGUGAAGGACUGAAAUCCUGCAGCGCCCGCAAGGUCCCCCUGCUCAAGAAAGCACAUAUACAUGCCCGUCUGAAGUUUGCCAAUGAACAUCUGAAUGAUUCAGAGGAGAACUGGGUGAAAGUGUUGUGGUCAGAUGAGACUAAAAUGGAGCUCUUUGGCAUCAACUCAACUCGCCGUGUUUGGAGGAGGAGGAAUGCUGCCUAUGACCCCAAGAACACCAUCCCCACCGUCAAACAUGGAGGUGGAAACAUUAUGCUUUGGGGGUGUUUUUCUGCUAAGGGGACAGGACAACUUCACCGCAUCAAAGGGACGAUGGACAUGGCCAUGUACCGUCAAAUCUUGGGUGAGAACCUCCUUCCCUCAGCCAGGGCAUUGAAAAUGGGUCGUGGAUGGUUAUUCCAGCAUGACAAUGACCCAAAACACACGGCCAAGGCAACAAAGGAGUGGCUCAAGAAGAAGCACCUUAAGGUCCUGGAGUGGCCUAGCCAGUCUCCAGACCUUAAUCCCAUAGAAAAUCUGUGGAGGGAGCUGAAGGUUCGAGUUGCCAAACGUCAGCCUCGAAACCUUAAUGACUUGGAGAAGAUCUGCAAAGAGGAGUGGGACAAAAUCCCUCCUGAGAUGUGUGCAAACCUGGUGGCCAACUACAAGAAAAGUCUGACCUCUGUGAUUGCCAACAAGGGUUUUGCCACCAAGUAAUAAGUCAUGUUUUGCAGAGGGGUCAAAUACUUAUUUCCCUCAUUAAAAUGCAAAUCAAUUUAUAACAUUUCUGGAUUUUUUUGUUGUUAUUCUGUCUCUCAGUGUUCAAAUAAACCUACCAUUAAAAUUAUAGACUGAUCAUUUCUUUGUCAGUGGGCAAACGUACAAAAUCAGCAGGGGAUGAAAUACUUUAUUCCCUCACUGUAAAUCUUUUGUCUUGCCCAUUCACCCUCUGAAUGGCAGACAUACACAAUCCACUUCUCAAUUGUCUCAAGGCUUAAAAAUCCUUCUUUAACUUGUCUCCUCCCCUUCAUCUACACUGAUUGAAGUGGAUUUAACAGGUGACAUCAAUAAGGGAUCAUAGCUUUCACCUGGAUUCACCUGGUCAGUCGAUAUCAUGGAAAGAGCAAGUGUUCCUAAUGUACACUCAGUGUACAUAAAGCAGACGUUGCCAUUGGCUGCACAGAUUCGCAUUAAGAGAUCCCAUGCAGCCUUGUUUACAAGUUCGAAUGCUGGACUGUGAUUAGGAUGAUAGAAAUCUUCAUUAUUUCCAUGAAUGGUUUUUCCAUUUGAGCAUUAUUAUUUCUAUUUCUUUACACUUUCUCGUUCUGAACUUCUAACACAAGUAGGGUGGGUGUGGCUUCGUGAUAUUGAUCACAGGAGCAGCUACUCAUGAAUCUAACACAGUUCCACCUCCAACACCACCAAAACAUCCGCUAUACAGCUGUCUGCUAUCGCCUUAACACUUGAUCUGAUUGAAUCUAGGUCUAAAUAUUUUUGGGAACAGAAGGGACAAGCUUCUAUUCCCACUGAAAGUCACAGAGGACAUUGUUGUUUCCAAAUGACCAUGCCAUUUGGGUCCUGGUCGAAAGUAGUGCACUACAUAGGGAAUAAGGUGCUAUUUUGUCCCUGAUGUGGACAAAUGUGAUCGCUAUCAUGGGUUUGUCAUUAAAUAACCUCUACGGUCCUGUCCCCAAGGAUGGAGGAAGUUCAAUUCCAGUUGGUACUUCCUCUCUACUGAGAAGAAAUCCUGGACUGAGAGCAGGCAGGACUGUCUGGGGAGAGGCGCACACCUGGUGAUCAUUAACAGCAGAGCUGAACAGGUGAGAGAGAGGAGAGAGAGUUAGUCAAUUAUAUUUUUGAUAAUUUCAACAUUUUGUUACUAUUUCAACUCUGUUUGCCUACCCUGACACAAAAGCAUGUUUGUAUGUGAUAAAAUUAUGUGAUCUUUUCUUUGUGACAAAACAAUAGGAAUUUAUCCAUCAAUGGGUUGGAUGCCUGAACAUCUACCUUGGUUUCCAUGACACCAAUACAGAGGGGGUUUGGGAGUGGAUUAACGAUGGCCAAUCAGGCCAAUCAUCAGCUCCUGGAACUACGUGAGUGGACCUGUUCUGGAUUAUAUUUUACCAUCUAAUUUGUAACAAAUUCCUUUUUACUGUCUGAUUAUCUGUGUUUGUAUUGGAUGACUUUUUGCUGUCUGUUUCUAUGUGCUUCAUUCUAUAGUUAGGACUCCUGAAUUGGAGGGGGAGUGGUUUCACCUCUUUUCUAAGUGUAUAUAACCAGCUUCUCAGGCUCCAUCUCAGUGUGAUUCAUUUUAUAGCUAGAGGACUCAUGAUAUCUCCAGGAGUGAUAAGUAUAAUUUGUCUUAAUCUGUUGUUGUCUAGUGCUGUCUUUUUGCUAGCUAGGACCAUCUACAUUAAGUGCUGCCUGUCUUCCCAGUAGCCUACUUGGUGUGUGAACUGCUGACUGCUCAUAACUUCCAGAUGAUUGUUGACACAUCAACCAGGAUCAAGGGGCGGGGCAAUUUGGGACUGUUGUUGUUUUGGUAAUCAGUGGCUGUAUUGGAGGGGGAGUGGUCCUCCUCUCCUAGGCAAUUAGAAAUUAGUACCGGGAGGUGUGCUCUUCACCUUUGCAAGGCAAUUAGCAAUUAGUGUUAGUACUUCAGUCUCCCCUGCUUUCUCAGCGACAGCUGUAAGCAGCGGUCAUAUCAGUGGUGGUCUUGUCGACACAACUAAGACCGUCGCUGAAACAAAGACGGUUCUGCCGAGUUGUUCAAGGAAGGAGUCACACCACUCUCUCACUAAUUUUGCUCUUUUGUAGCUUCGGCAACUAUUUGUGUGUGUUCUAUACCUGUUCGCUCCUCUCGUUGUAGGCUUCACAGACACUCCCCACCCCUUGGCUGCAACCCUUCUAAUUUAAUGUACCCUGUGUGCACAACCCAUUUGGAAUUCUUGGUCUCUGGCAGCGUUUGGAAAUGCCGAUCUGCGGUCAAGAACACAGAGUUCAUCUCCGCCUAUGAUGCCCUUCAGUCCCUUGACUUUUUGGCCCUGACAGUGACAUGGAUCACCCCAGAGAACACUGCUACUCCAGCUACUCUCUCUUCAUCUGACUACGUAUUCUCUCAUAGUCCGAGAGCAUCUGGUCGUCGCGGUGGUGGCACAGGGCUACUCAUUUCUCCUAAGCAGAGAUUUUCUAUUUUCUCCCUCACUCAUAUGUCCAUCUCCUCAUUUGAAUUCCUUGCUGUCAAUUGUCCACUCGAGCUUAACGUUGUUGUUAUCUAUCGCCCAUCAGGUGCCCUUAGAGAGUUCCUCAAUCAGCCUGACACCUUAAAGCUAAUUUCCUGACAAUGGCUCAGCGCUCUUUAUACUUGAAGACUUACACCUCUUGUUGUCCGCCUUCGAUUAAUUUCUUUCCAUCGCUCUAUUUUCCCUCCUUGCCUCUUGACCUCACCCUUCCCCAGUCCCCUCCCACUCACAAGGCAGGCAAUACGCUUGACCUCAUCUUUACUAGAGGCUGUUCACCUACUAAUCUCACUGCAACCCCCCUCCAGGUCUCUGAUCACUACUUUGUUUCCUUUUCUGUCUCCCUUUCCUCCAACCCUAGCCACUCAGCUCCUACCCAGAUGGUCAUGUGCCGUCGCAAUCUGUUGAUGGUCAAUGUGUUCGCUCUCUCUCACUACUCUCUCCUCUUCUAUCCUAUCAUCUCUCCCUUCUGCUAAAUCCUUCUCCCUCCCGUCUCCUGAUUCUGCCUUUUUGACCCUACUCUCCUCCCUUUCCGCAUCCUAUGACUCCCACUGUCCCCUUUCCUCCCGGCUGGCUCGGCCCUCCCCUCCUGCCCCGUGACUCAUUGCGAGCUUACAGAACAGGGCUGUGGGCAUCUGAGCGAAAAAUGUAGAAAACGUAACUUCCGGAGGACCUAUCAUCCUUUCACUUCUUCCUCUCUACUUUCUCUUCCUCUGUAUCCGCUGCUAAAGCCACUUUCUACCACUCUAAAUGUCAAGCUUCUGCCUCUAAACCUAGGAAACUAUUUUCCACCUUCUCCUCCCUCCUUAAUCCUCCACACCGUCCCCCUCCCUCCUCCCUCUCUGCGGAUGACUUUGUCAACCACUUUGAAAAGAAGGUUGACGACAUCCGCUACUCAUUCACUCAGCCUAUUGAGUCCACUGGUCUCACUCACACAGAACUACCCUUGACCUUUUUCUCCCCUCUCUCUCCAGAUGAAUUCCUGCGACUGAGGUCUGGCCGCCCGAAAACCUGCCAACCUGACCCCAUCCUCUCCUCCCUUCUCCAGACCAUCUCUGGAGACCUUCUCACAUCCCUCAUCAACUCAUCCCUGACCACAGGCUGCAUCCCCUCUGACUUCAAAAUGGCCUGAUUCGCUCCCCUCCUCCAAAAACAAACACUCGACUCCUCUGACAUCAAACUACAGACCGUUAUCCUAUUUCUCUUUUCUGUCGAAAACACUUGAUCGUGCGGUCUCUGACCAACUCUCUCGUUAGCUCUCUCAGAAUGAUCUUCUUGACCCUAACCAGUCAGGCUUCAAAACGGGUCAUUCAACCGAGACUGCUCUUCUCUGUCACAGAGGAUCUCAGCACUGCCAAAGCUGAUUCUCCUUCCUCUGUUUUCUCAUCCUCCUAGAUUUAUCCGCUGCCUUGGACACCGUGAACCAUCAGAAAUCUCCUCUCCAUCCUCUCAGGGCUGUGCAUCUCAGGAUCUGCACACUCUUGGAUUGCAUCCUACCUGGCCGCUCCUACCAAGUGACAUGGAGAGGAUCUGUGUCUGCACCACGUACUCUCACUACUGGUGUCCCCCAGGGCUUGUUUCUAUACCCUCUGCUCUUCUCUAUAUACACCAAGUAACUCGGCUCCUUCUUAUCCACACAUGGUCUCUCCUAUCAUUGCUAUGCGGAUGACACUGAACUACUUUUCUCCUCCCCCCCCCCCUUUCUGACACCCAAGUUGCGACACGCAUCUCUGCGUGCCUGGUAGAUAUCUCAACUUGGAUGUUGGCCCACCACCCCAAGCUCAACCUCGACAAGAUGGAGCUGCUCUUCCUCCCGGGGAAGGCCUGCCAGCUCCAAGACCUCUCCAUCAUGGUUGACAACUCCACGGUGUCCCCCUCCCAGAGUACAAAGAACCUUGGCGGGACCCUUGACACCACCCUGUCGUUCUCUGCAAACAUUAAAGCAGUGACUUGCUCCUGCUGGUUCAUGCUCUACAACAUUUGUAGACUACGACCCUACCACACUCAGGAAGCGGCGCAGGUCCUAAUCCAGGCACUUGUCAUCUCCCGUCUGGACUACUGCAACUCGCUGUUGGCUAGGCUCCCUGCUUGUGCCAUCAAACCCCUGCAACUUAUCCAGAACACUGCAGCCCGCCUGGUGUUCAACUUUCCAGAGUUCUCCCAUAUCACCCUGCUCCUCUGCACACUCCACUGGCUUUCAGUCUAAGCUCGCCUCCACUACAAGACCAUGGUACUUGCCUACGGAGCAGCAAGAGGAACUGCCCCUCACUACCUUCAAGCUAUGCUCGAACCCUACACCCCAACCCGAGCACUCAGUUCUGCCACCUCUGGUCUCUUGGCCCUCCCACCCCUACGGGAGCCCAGUCCAAGCUCUUCCACCUGAAGCUAGGACAGGAGAGUCCCUGCCAAUCUUCCGAAAACAUCUGAAAGCCUACCUCUUCAAAAAGUAUCUUAAAUCAUCCCACAGAACCCCCCUCCACACCCCCAAAAGCCUUUUCUGAACUAACACUCACAAUUGACUUUUCUCCCCCUUUACUAGCUCUGACUUUGCUGAUAGUAAGUACAUUUUUCCUCAAUAAAGUAGCUAUGACAGUGAUAUGUGGUUGUCCCACCUAGUUAUCUUAAGAUGUAUGCACUAACUGUAUGUCGCUCUGGAUAAGAGCGUCUGCUAAAUGACUAAAAUGUAAAUGUCAUAUGUAUGUGUUGGAUGUCGUUUUACCGUCUGUUUCCCUGUGUUGUUCCAUGUGACUUUUUACCGUCUAUCUGUGCUGUAGCCUGUUUAAUUGCUUUUUAAUUUUUUACCGUCUGUUUUGGUGUCUUGUUUAUAGGUAUUGGAGGGAUGGGGAACCAAACAAUACAAAUCAGGAUGAAGACUGCGCUCAUCUCUCAAAGAAGGAAUCAGACCCACUAAAGAGUUGGAAUGACAUACCAUGCACAACGAAAAUCCACUGGGUGUGCGAGAAGAUGGCGUCCACAUUGUAA